AGCCGUACCUGCGCGCGUCUAGUUGCGUGUAAGAUAGCCGAUGCGACUGACAUAUCCCAACUUAUCUUCCAUGUCGCUAAGUUAAGUACCUACGUCCUUCAUCUUUCACCUGUCAGCUUAGUUAUCUCUAGCGAUACUGACUAGGACAGCGACGCUAUCUUGUUUCAAGCCACAGCAUAUUCGGCUUUAACCAAGAUGCAGCAAUCCGCGCUAUCACUCCCCUUUCGUGCUCACGAAUUAUGCUCAAGUCCAACGUCUUCCGUUCACCUCGCAUCGUACCUCCUCGACACAAACCGACGCGCCCUCCAAAGCCUGACCCUGGUGUAGGCGACUUGUGGUUGCAAACGGCUGACUUAUCACCAGCAAACGCGUUGCUCUUUCAGCACGGAGACUUCGCUAGCGAACUCGUUUUUUGCGAGAUGUUUAUGCUGCGUAUACCAGAUCCGGACCCGAGCAAAUUCUUCGCUGAGCUCGAUACCUACUGCCUCUAUGCAGCCAUCUCCGUGCCCGUCGACUCUGGCGUUCCGUCAAGACACCGUGCGAGCCCCGUAGCCAUUGUGGAGAAAUGGGUAGGCUGCAGGGAAGUUCAAGACAGCCCCGGCUGGACACACUGGGUGCCCGGUAAAGCGCAGCGGUUUAUAGAAUCGCGCUCGGACGCGUGCGAGAUAUUUGCUAUGCUAGCCGAUACCGACAACAAUGUGCAAGUGGUAUAUUCCUGUUCCCGCUGCCUGCGGAUGGCUAGAGUCAGGGUGGGGCGCGUCUGCCUCUCCUAACGUGGAUGCCAUUGCGCGCGAGGGGUACGACGGAGCGGUAAAAAAAAUUCUGCCUUUGAUUUUUGCGACGACAGCAGCCCUCAUCGUAAAUCUCGGCUGUGUGGCGUCGAUAUUGGGUGUAGUACCAGUACCAGUACUACUAGUAUUGCUAGGCGCUUUUGUCUAUUCCCUGUGGUAGUACGAGCUGGUAGAGCAAGAUCGAGGAUGAUCAUGUCGGUGGCGUUGUUACUGUAUUUAGAUAUUGG